GAGGCAAGAUGGCGGCCGCGGCGGCGGAGGCCCCGUCCGCGCACCUCGCGCUCGCCACGGGCGACAAGAUCCUCGUGACCGUCGAAUCCGCGCUGCCUGACAUCCUCGUGGUAUCUUUCGUCCAUGGCGCCAAGUGCUUCCAAGGUGCGCUUCUCGACGCCACUAAGAGGGGACUUCCUUGUGGUGUUCAACCCCCGGAAUCGGUGCCAGAUCCCGAUGGCGAUAAACUGGCGACGAUUGCAGCGCGCUUCAGUUAUUUCCAGGAAAAGAGGAAUGUGCUGUCGUCGUCGGCGACCGCCGUCGUCGCCAAGGUCGACCUCCGCAGAAGCAUCAAUCCGCCCGCUAGAUACAAAAAUGCGAGGCCUACAGUGAGAUUGAGGCCCCGCCAGGUACUCUGCAGUAAGUGCCGAUCGAUCUGCAACGAGAACAGCGGGCACGAGAACGCGCAACAGCAAUCACAGCAGCUGAUUCCGGGGUCCACGAGAAGAAGUGAUCGACGUUGCGGUCAGCAACCGCAGAAAACUCAGCGAACGUUGCUAUCGGAAUGCCGGGCAGAAAGCACGAUCCAAACGACGACGAAGACGACAAGUUCGAGUACCGAUUCAAAGCUGGGAGCAUCGUUGAUCCCAAAACUGUCGAGAUUACAGCCCAAUGAGAUCAGCAACGUGAUACAAAGUCCCCCCGAUCAAUUAUCUGAUAAGAUGAAGGUCGCGGCGAGCGUGCAAUCUUCACAUUGGCCUGUAACAAAUGAAGAGGAGAUGUCCUUGAGGAACGUAUUGACAUCGCAAGAACGGGUGGAGUCCACUGCCGAAUGCGACAAUAAUCCCUCAACGGCUUAUUGCGCUACGCCGAGAAGACUUAGCAGUUCGUCGGUGGAGAGCGCGAAAAUUCCCGAAGAGGAGGACAAGAAAACCUUCGCGGCUGCGGAUUCGACGAUGAGAUUGAAAACUGGUAGAGUGCCGAGGAAGAAGCGUUCAGUGGGUUCAAUGGAGGAUCUUUGGGAUGAAUCAGUGUUUGAAGAUCCCACGAGAAUUGCCAGGACUACGCCGGUGAUCAAAAUCUCGUUUGGUGCGCAAGGCGAAGGAACUGUUCUUAAAAUACCUGCGAAACCUCAGGAUCCUGAUGCAUACGAACAGGAAACGGAUGAUGCUGAUGAUACUCAGCAAGAGAGAGAUCCUCUGGAACUGCCUAGAUCCUUUGGCGAAUAUUACGAGGGUGAAGAAGAUGGGCAGGAACAGGUGGAUCCUCAAAAGCAGGGCGGUGUAGUGAAAGAUGCCAGCGCAAAGGCGGCAAAACGAGCUCUCAAGAAAGCUAAAAAAGAGGCUAGAAGAAAGAUGUUGGGCGGAGUGUCACCAGCGAGGUCGCCUUGUAACGGAUCACCGAGAUAUAAUCCUACGUACGAUCCGCUCUUAUAUCAUCGCCGGAAGCACAAAGUGAAACAUAAAAAGAAGCAUAAGGAGGGCAGAAAACACAAGAAUCAGCAACAACAGGAACAAUCGCAUUCUGAACAAUCCUGUUUAGAUUCUACAGACUCGCAACAGCAGUCGCAGCAGCAGUCACAGAAUUGGAAUGUUUUACCGGGAGGUGGUGAAUCUUAUAGAGCCAUUAAGGAGCAGUGCCUAAAACAGAAGCUGUCGAUAUCCCUGAAGAGGCUGAACACAAAUGCGUAUGCGCGUUGUGAUUAUCCCGUGAGCAACGCGUCCUCUGGCUGCAAGAGCUCCGGUGGUAGCAGCGAUGAGUUAAGCGAACAUGAGCCGGAAGUAGAAACUGCACCAGAUUUUCCGCCUCAUCAGUCGCAUCCUCUGGUUAUGCGUCUAGCUGCCACCUCCGUCGCGCACUGUCUUACUACUAAUGGCAGACGGAUGGACGUAGGUGAUGUUGUAUGGGGCAAAAUUCACGGCUUUCCUUGGUGGCCCGGCAAGGUGCUAAGUAUCACGGUAUCUUGCAAGGAGGACGGUACCUCAUCGGGUCCUCAGGCUCAUGUGGCUUGGUAUGGAUCAUCAACCAGUUCAUUGAUGUCCUGUGAUCAAUUAAGUCCCUUUCUGGAAACCUUUAAGACACGGUAUAAUAAAAAAAAGCGUGGCCCGUAUAAGGAGGCAAUACGGCAAGCCCAAAACGAGGCUCGAAGUCAAAUCACGCCUAACUCAACCAGCAAUGUGUUGAAUGUCUGCGGUUCGCCCCGCGAAGUCAACGUCCUCUCCUAAGAGAAGUUCUCUGACAACCAUUCCUUUUUAACGAGCAUCCGUGAUAAUUGAAGUGCUCGCGGCAAAAAGAGUGCCGACCAAUAUAUAAUUAAUAAUCUUCAAAUUUAUUAAAAUUCUGAUCAA